AUGUUUAAAGUAAUCGCUGCAGUAUUAGUUGUCCAGGCUGCGUUUGCGGCGGCCGCCCCCGCCGAUCCAGUCCUCGGCAAAUUUUCCGAAGGUCUCCGGUAUGAUUACCUAGAGACUGACGCCGGCGAGCUUCGGCUCGUGGACAACUGGCUAAAGCUCAGCGAUUAUAACAACCUCGCCCGGUAUAACCCUGAUCAGUCCAACCAGUACCAUCUGUUCACCAGGCAAAAUCCCUCCCGUAGUCAACAAUUGGUUUUGAAUAAUGCUGCCUCCGUCACUAAUUCCAAUUUCAAUGCAAGAAGACGAACAGUUAUCCUGAUGCAUGGUUUUGCUGGUUCUGCAACAUCUAGCUUCAAUACCAACUUGGUACCAGGUUUUUUGGCUGGAGACGAUUGUAAUGUGAUAGUCUUGGACUGGAGUGCUGGAUCCAAUUGGGGACCACGAGCUAUGGAUGCUGGUAGAGCCGGCGGACGAUUUGUCAAUUGGUUGAUGAACCUGACGGGUGCAAGGGCCAACCAAAUAACUGUCGUCGGUUACAGUGUGGGAGGUCACGGAGCCGGUUUCAUCAGUAGAACAAUGAACAGCAGAGCUUCGUAUGUCAUUGCUUGUGAUCCUGCUGACCGUUGGGAUGCUGCUAACGUAUUCAGACCAAACGACGGUGCUUACACAGAAGUCAUCCACACCAGCGUUGGAAAUAUUGGUAUGACCAGAGAACUGGGUCAGGUGGACUUCUACCCUAACCAAGGCAGCUUGAUGCCUGGUUGCGUCACCGCACUCUGUGAUCACGAGAGGUCUUUCAUCUAUAUUGCCGAGUCAAUGAGGUCUGGCGGCUUUAAUGGUAGAAGAUGUCCAGAUCUCCGUGCAGCUCUCACCGGCAACUGCAACCUACCAGAAACUCUACGUAUGGGCGGCAUUCUCCCAAAGAACGGACGGCGGGGUAUCUUCUUCUUACGGACGAACGCACGAUCUCCAUUCUCUCAGGGUUAA